GUUCUGGAACUGUUCUGUAAACCUUCUCGUAGUUGUGUUGGACGCGUAAAACACGCUAAACAACACUGGGGACCUUUUUCCCCGCGUGCUCAGGGUCGGUACCCUGACAAUGCCGAGAACAGCCCCCGAAUAAUAUGGGAAAUGCCUCUAGCAAGCGACAUAGCGAAGCAUCAGGUGAAACAACGUUACGAGUUGUCCAAGCUGCUGGCAAGUUCAAGUCUGCUCUGAAUAAGACUGCCAGUAAUCGAGAGAAGAGUGAUUCGACAUUUGAUGACGCCAUUCGUGAGAUUUUGCAUGCUCGGUUCAAACGCAAGUCGGAGAUUGCUGAUUUAGGUGGGCUGGCACUAAGACAGCACGCCGACUUAUACCCCAUCGAAGAGCAAGUUGACGGUGACCCAGCUGUUAUGGAGCAUGUCAAACGAUCAGCAGUGCACCAAGGGUAUCGGCACUUCAGCGUGGUGGAUACAAGUUUAGCUUGGAGCGCGCUACGAGACUCCAUAGCCACGACCACAGAGAGACGAAGAUCCUCGGUGCGUAAGCAGAUUCGCAAACUGUCUAGCGCGCUGGGCUUCCUUAAGCAGGUGCAGAGCGAUAUGGCGGUAGAGGAAGUCGAUGUGGAGACCAUGGCACCCUACAACACCGAUGAACCCGCGGAAUCCUGGGAUAUGUUGUGCUACUAUUGUAACCAGGUACCAUGUGGCAACCAGAUCCUGAAUCCGUGCAGGCUUUGCACGCGCGUCUAUCACUCGGACUGCCUGAAAAGACGCGGAUACCUCACGGACGAACUACAGAACGAAGCUUUGCUACUAGCACAUUCCGGCAUUGGAUGGGCCUGCCCCGAAUGCGAAAGUUUGUUUUGGCUUCUGAAAGACGUAGAAAAAGUCGAGCUAAUGGAAACAUUCGACGAAGUUGAUGUAAACAAAGAUUCGUUAAUCUCUCGCGAGGAGUUCAUCAACUAUCAGCAGGAGAAGUACAAGCGUCUGAUGGGCCGAGAGAUGCCUGAUUACCGCUAUAUCCAGGAGAUGCGAAUAUUUAACGACAUGGACCGUGAUGGUACCGGCCUUAUCGACUGGUGGGAGUUCAUGACACCUAUGGCCGUCAUGCUGCUCGGCAAAAAGAAACCGACUGAUCUUAUCAAGCUUCUCCUACCGCGCGAGAUUGCAAGGAUAAAGCGCUAUUUUCGAGUCUACGACCCAUCAAACAAAGGUCAUAUCUGUAUUCAAGAUGCGCGGCGCGCCUUUAAGCAGUGGUACAUUUCCAUGAUAAACCUUGAGCCGGGACUCAUUCCUAUUGGGGCGUGGCUAGGGGUGGAGGAGAAGGACGACGGCCGGAUUUCCCUGGCAAGGAAACGGGAAGUAAGCUGGGGGGACUUCCUUAAGAGCCACGCCCUUGCGGUGCUGGCCGCGCGACCAAAUACCGCAAGUCAGCAGCCGUACAUCCCAAGACUUGACACAGAAGAGAUAACGUAUGGCGAGGAAACCUAGUGCGGGUUGGGCCGCAAGGUACCGUAUUGAGUAGAACAAGCUUACCCUGGAUACUUUGGUUACGCGGGGCAUUUAGAAGGACGAUCUGAAGGGACCUUAUUCUGGGAGCACGAGCUAGGCUGUAAAGGCAGCUUGUAUUUUUCUAUGGUCACGAUUGCCAUGGCAACCUUGCGAAUGCUAAUGGUACACACCGAACAUAUCAAUGCAAUUUUAUAACCUGCUCACAGCCCCCUUCUCCUAAAAACGAAAUAAGAUAAUAAAGUCAGCAUCAGAUUA